UGUGUCAGGGGUCUCGCCAAAGCCAGCUGAGCGCAAUUUCGACACAACUCUGCUCGUCGUCGUCGUCACCUCUCCAACAUCCAGCUCUCCGCUGGAUCUACCCCACAAUUCCCCUUCCUUAGCUCGUCAAUUGCAGCUUCUAUCGAUUUCUGCUCACUCCAUUCACAACUCAAUUGUGGUCGUGAGCUGUCGAAAUUCCGCUCUUCACCAUGGGGUUCUUCCUCAUUUCCUUGUACUUCUUGCUCACGGCGUUGGUGGGAUCGCUAUGCGUCAAGGUCUGUUACAACAAGGGUUCUAGCACCAAUCUGCUCAACGUAGUACUCGUGAAUACGGCGGUCAUAUGCUGCUGGCUUAUGUGGGCGAUUGUAUGGUUGGCACAGUGGAAACCACUCAUUAAUCCCGUGCUGAAAGCUGAAGGUGAAUAGUUAUUAUGGCAAGGAAACAGGAGAAAACUUUUUUCCCAAGUACUAAAUCUAGGAGUUUGUGUGUCUAUAUCUCUCUCCUUCAAUAUCUCCACUGGAAGAUGCAUGAGUGGCGAGGGCCCUGCAAUUGCUGUAUUCCUAGAUAUUCAAGGCAUCCUUGAUCAUAAGCAAGUACCAAGAGGAGCCAUUUGUAUGUCGAAUUCUUUGACUGGAACCAUGGCAUGUGCUAUGGAUGGAGAAUUAUAAUUUUCCUAAUUAGUGGUUUUCAAACUAUUGUCGUAUGCCCAUUUGAGUCUUUAAUCUAUUAGUUUCUUUGGAGGAUU